AUGUUCAUCUUCCGGAAAGUAUCACUACUUCAAUUACCCUCAACAUCAACCCGAUCCUCAUUUCAAUUAGAUAUACGAUGGCUCGGGCCGCGACGGGAGAGCUUCAGAGAAUUCACGAGCAAUAUGGAGCAGAAUGAAGCAAAUUUAGGAAAAUUCGUGCGCGUCGACACAACGGGCUACUCAUUCACCGAUUCCACAGGAAAACGUAUCGCCAAAUAUGGAAUCUACUGGGGAAAAGAUGAUACACGCAACGGAAUUCGAACACUUCCCGAUGGCGCCAGUAACGUGGCAGCGAUGUUGACUGCAAUUCUGGAAGCGAUCAACGUGGCACGAGAAGAAGAUCCACCACCAUCACUAUUGAUCUACUCUGAUCUAUUGACAUCUGAUACAUUAUUACGCGACCUGUCAGGAUGGGCGAAACGAGAUUUUUAUUUGAGGAAUCAAGAAGCGAAAAUGAAGAAUUCGGAAAUUCUCCACGAUCUCUUUCUUGCAGUUCAAGGGCUUCAUUUGAAAAUUGUGCACAAGCCUUCAAUAACUCCUGAGGAUCCCAAAAAUCGUGUAACUAUAGCCAUCAUGGAGGGCAUCGUGAAAAAGGUUCAAGAUCACAAAGUGGAGAAGCUGGAAACGAAGAGAGAAGAAAUUGAAAUCGGCACAACUUUGGACAAAAAUGGAAACAUAGUGAGACAAGCAUCAAAAAGUUGGCCCAUCGUUUAUGUGUCAGCUAGAUGUAAGCAAAAUAAGGAAUUUGUUUCCGCCGGUUACUGCACACAUUGGCCUGAUGGUCCCGCUGGAGGAAAAUCAUUUCGAUAUGCUCCAUUCCCAGUCACUCUAUUUCGAGCCGAGUUAGCUGCCAUUGAAGAAGCUUUGAAACAGACAGUUGAUGCUGAGCUGAAAAAUGUAACAAUCAUCACAUCAUCCGCUCAUUUCAUGACAGGAUGGCAACGUCGUUGGAUAAGAACUACAGAAGAACACCGACCGUAUACCGGAAAAUUCUAUUUCGAUCGAAUAUGUGAUUUAUGCGCAAGAAUCGAUAAUGUCAAUUUUCGAUAUGAACUUGAAAGUGCUGAAUCUGAAAUUGGAAUGGAGUUGGAGAAGAAGUGUACGCAGGGAUUAUCAUAUGCUCUAGUAGGAAAAGACAAAUCAGAGUAUGAGCUAGAGUUGGAGGAUUUGGUCAGAGAUAAGGAGUUUCGACAGGAAGGAGUUCCAAUUGUUCGCCUUUACAAAACUGGAACCGAUUUCAAUGCAGGCUAUGUAUGGGAAGAAUCCGAUGGAAUUCAAUGUUGUGGGACACCAUCAGUUUUAAUUCGGAUCCUUGAAGAAGCUGUUGCCAGGAAUGAAUCAACUAUUCUGAUUCGCGCCGAUUCGGAAAAGCUAAUCAAAAGCUUCGAGGCGCUUUUGGAGGUCUGGCGUCGAACCGGAUGGCGUAACUCUCAACACAAACGAAUCGCCAAAUCAGCAGAAUGGGAGAAGGCGUGGAACCUGAAACAGAAAAUCCACGUGUGCUGGGAGAUCAUGCAGCCUGUGGACGAGGAUGACCGGCGGCAAAAUCAAAGAAUUCCAGCCUAUAUCAAGCCUUCAAAAUCUUAAAAUCUAAUUCAAUUUUGUGAUUUUUGUUUUCUCGUUUUUCUCAUUAGGUUGUAAAAUUGCUCAAGUUUUCUGUUUCAUUAAUACAUUUUUUUGACCUUUG